UUAUUUCACAGCACUGCCGUGAGGAAAUAAGCCUGCAUAACUUCCAGAUUAUUAUAAACAAAUGAAGUGUUCUGGAUCAAACAUUACUCCAGUUUCUCCACGCCUCCUUUCCCGGUCUCUUCCAUGCCCCGCCCCUUCUCCAUCCUCUAAGGUCCGCCUCUCCUAUUCCCGGCCCCUCCCCUCUGAGCUCCGCCUCUCCCUUUCCCCUUUAAGCCCCGCCCCACCCCUCCCUCCUUGGACUCGCCUCCUCAGUGAGCCGGGGCGGGGCCGUAGGUGACGUAUCCCGGCGGCUGUUCCCGUGGUGAUGGCUCUGCGGCCUGAAGCUGUGGCCAGUUUGGCCCAGUUGUUGUAACCUCUUUCACCUACCCCUCGAAGACCCAGGUAGCUCCCGGCCAGCACCCCACUCCCAACCCCCCUCAAUACCGGUGCCGGGGGAGGCUGAGCCCGGCUUGGUCUCUCUCGGUGCCCGCUCUACCCCUCCUUCUCCAGGCACGGGCCUUCCUCGUGGGGUUGGGCGGGCUGGGGCUCCUGGAAAGUGCUGGACUCGCAGCCCGGACGGACACGCGGGAAUGGUCUUCCUGACACUCCUGGACAUGCGGCCCAGUGCCACAGGACGCAGCUGGACAGGGAGUCAUUAUGCAACUAGAUAGAAUGCUUCCAUCAGAUUUCUUCUGAUUUGCCCAGCAGCUGUGAAUUAGAAUGAUGUACACUGCCAAGAAAUGUGGAAUUAGAUUCCAACCUCCAGCCAUUAUCUUGAUCUAUCAAGGGGAGGCCCAGGACAAAAUUCGCCAGCGUAUCAUGCCAAUCCGAAACUUUUCCAAGUUUUCAGAUUGUAGUAGAGCUGCUGAACAGCUAAAGUAUAAUCCAAGACACAAACUCUACCUUGAAGGAGUGUCUCUGCAGCAGCUGGAGAAGUUAUUCACUUUUUUAAAAGGUUUUCUAAGGGGGCAAACCUUGGACCAAACUAUGGAACAAAUUCAACAGGAAACAACCAUUGAUCCUGAGGAAGAUCUGAACAAACUAGAUGAUAAGGAACUUGCAAAAAGGAAGAGCAUCAUGGAUGAACUCUUUAAAAAGAAUCAGAAAAAGAAGGAUGACCCAGAUUUUGUCUAUGACAUUGAAAUAGAAUUCCCACAAGAUGAGCAACUACAAUCUUGUAGUUGGGAUGCAGAAUCAGAUGAUGAAUUCUAAUACUAAACAAAGUUAAAAUUUAUCGGUAGACUUAAGAAAUCGGUAUUAACACAGACAACAUUGUUUAGAUGUUGCAGAGUUUUAAAAGGACACUAAAUGUACAUAUUGGGCCAAAAUAGAAUCGACUAUGUUACUUUUCAAUCAACAAAUAUUUAUUGAGCACCUACUAUGUGCAUUGGUAUUUCUUAAUCAUUUAACCUGGUAUGGAGUUUGCCAUUGGUAUAUCCAUGGAGCACUCUACAGGUACAAAUAAAUGUUCUCUGAUGAUGAAUAGGAGGCCUUGGCCUGCCAGGAAAAGGCUAAUAUAGGUAGAUAUUACCCUAUCCUGAAUUCUUAAUGCAAUACAAAAUAGGCAGAAUCUAUCUGUGAUAAAUGAAUAAACAGAACAGCUCAAUUCAUAAGUUUGAAAGAUGUAGAAAAGACAUAUAUAAUAGUUGAUCUUUAUGUAGGAAAUUACUCUCCUUUUUCCAAAAUAGUACUUAGAGAAGAAAUUUUUUUACAUAUCAGCUCCAAGUACCUCACUAAAGAAAAUGAUAGUAGCAGUAAUUCAUUAAAUAGAAAAAUAAUUGUCACAAUCUCUACUUGUUCAUUCCUAUAGGAGUUUUAUCAAUGACUUCAUGGACAAGAAUUUUUCUUUUAUGAGGCUGAAACUUAAUCCUUAUACUUAUACUGGAUUCUCAAAUAGUUGGCAGAUUUAGGUAGGGAAAUCUAAAAACUGUGAAAUAAAAAAUCAUUUGAUUACUAACUGAUAAACUGAUUCCCCAGCAGUAUUGGGGGUAUAGGUCUUUGAGAACAUAACCAAUCCAGAUCUCUUAACAUAUCUAAAUAGCUAGAGGAGAAAACUCACAAGUUUACUCUCUCUGUUAUUCCUCUUUAAAAAGCUCUGUGCCCCGAGACUGACCCACACUUUAGGUUGUUUCUCACCAGGCUAAACACCAUUCUUUCUAUCUUUCUAUAAUGGGAAGAACAUAGGGUCCAAAGUCAGAGGAGCUGCAAAGAGGGGGGAACUCACAGCUCCAGUGCUCCAGGAAGGAGAGAAAUAAGCACUUAGUAAGUUUUAAUAAAAUGUUUCCUAAAAUUCAUAGAAGAAAAAAGGAGGUACGUACAUGAAUAGAACACUUUUGUUAAUUACUAUUUUGUUAAAUAUCUAUCUUUUAGAUAUUGUAUGAAACAAGUUUCUUAUACCAAAAAACAAACUUGUACAGAGAAAAGUAAAAAACAUAAAAUUUGAGAAUGGUAAAUGGCAGGUAAAUAAACUGAUUAAGAAUAUUUUAUGCAAAAAAACAUUAAAUGUGUAUUGUAUAUAGAAUGUUCACUACAAUGUACUAUGCCAGGUGCUGGAGAAGAUACAGAGAUCAGAUAAUAUGUUAUCCCUGUCCAUUUGAAAACUUUUUGGAAUAGUUGGAGAUGCCACAAGCUAAUAGUUUAACAGAUCAUAUUUAACCCCAAGGGAUCAUCAGAUAAAUAAUAAUGAAAUACUACUUUACAAAUGGUUGAUCUGUUCUUAUUUUCCACCAUGUCAAAAGUCUCCCUCAGAAUCACUCUAAAGUUGUACAGCCAACUCUUCACACCCAUUCCAAAGCUAAUCUUUAUCCCUGACUCUCUUACACCUGUAUCUUGAUUAUGCUCAAAUGAAUCUGAGCUCUCAGUGACGAAUGCCUUCCAACAAUACAAAUCUCCACCUGUCCCUCUCUGCCCAUUGUGUAUGUUGUCCCUGUUUUCCCAAAAGUUCAUUAGAAGUGGUCCAACCAGUGUGCUAGAAGCAAUCCUUAUUUCUCAUUAUCAAAAAAGUAACAGUGAAUUACCUUAGCUAUCAUCCCUCUUGCCUUAUAUACAUUUCUUCAAUGCUGUUCUUUAGACUUCCUUGCAUAUAAUAUAUUGCAGCCUGCUCCUACCUGCCAUGUGCUUCUCCAUUGCUCUCUAUACAAUACUAAUUCUUCAAAGGCAGUGUAAAUUACACAUCUCAUUGCCACAUAUCAGUCCUAGUAAUAUGGUAGUGAAAAUAUAGGCCUUUGCUUUAAUGAGAAGCUUGGAGUCAUUUAAAAAAAAAAAAAAACCUUGUAAUUUACAGAAGCAAAUCAUCUACUUUCCUCCUUUUAAAUAUAAUAUUUAAAUACCACUCUAUGGUUUGUUAAGCACUUUGCAUAUAUUAUUUGAUCCUGUGUAGUAGGUGCUAUUAUUUCCAUUUUACAUAUGAGAAAGUUGAGGCUAAGAAAGUUUAACUGACUCAGAAUCACACAGCUAAUAAGAUUGGAACUCUGUUCUAAACAAGUCCAAAUUCAGUGCUCUAUACCUACCUGUUGCAAGUCUGGACCCUGCUCAUUUUCCAGUUAUGUUGUUUUUUUCCCAGAUUAUAUAUAUUCCGUAAGAUGUUCAUCUAGAAGUAGACUGGAGUCAGCUAGUCCCAGAUUUCAAGAGCAUUUUUAGAUUUUCAGUGUGAGCAUUUACACCUUAGAAAUUAGCCAAUGCUAGAAGCUUGGCCUUGAUUUUUUUUUUUAUCAAAAAUGAAGUAUAAAAUAUUAAUAGCAUAGAUUAAUUUAAAAGUGUAUCAUGCAUAUUUUUUCUUCAUAAAACCAGUUAACUAUUUACUAGCAAAAUACUUUAUCCAUCCAAAUGCAUCCAAAUGAAAUCUGAGAACAAUAAUUACCAGCCUAUAUGUCUACUCACAUCUAUACAAAUGUUUAAAGUCAUCAAUACAUUAAUUGAAGGCAUCCUGGAUCAGCAUCAGUAGGGAAUAAGCAGACUUUCUCAAGCAAUAUUCAACAGCAGUUCACAUCUCCCACCUUAUAAUUAAAUAAAAAAUGUAGACUAUUGAGAUUCUAUUGUGCCUAUUAUUUGUUGAUCACACAAGAAUAAAAGAUUGCCUUUCAUAUC